AUCUUCUUCUAAAGUCUUCCAAGUCCCAAAAACCAAACUUCACAUUUCUCAAAAAAAUCAGAAGAAGAUUUAAGGCAUGUCUAUCCAUUCUGUUCUAAGUUAGUAGAAACAGAGGUUUAUCAGUAAGCUAUGGCAGGGAACAACAGCAGUCCAACUUACAAUUCUGCUAAAACCAAAUCCAGUUUCAAUGGCUACUUCAAGAAAUCUAAGCUCUUUUACUCGGCAUUAGUCACUCUUCUCUGUUCUUUUUCUUACUUCUUUGGUGUUUAUCAAAAUACUCAUUCUAACGGUACUACCGGUACAACUUCAAACACGAAAAACUGUUUACCUGUUAAAACUCAAACUUCAUUAGAACCCAUAGUAACCAAUCUUGAUUUCUCGAGUCGGCAUUCCGGUAACGAAGAUGAGAAACCGUCGACGUCGACGACGACUUCAGAUAUGGUAUCGGAAAAUGUUUACGACUUCCCACCUUGUGAUAUUAAAUACAGUGAGUAUACACCAUGUGAAGAUCUAAAAAGGUCACUGCAAUUCAGCAGAGAUAAAUUGAUUUAUAAAGAAAGGCAUUGUCCGGAGAAAAGAGAGUUGCUGAAAUGUAGAAUUGCUGCACCAUAUGGUUACAAGAAGCCGUUUAAAUGGCCGCAGAGUCGUGAUUAUGCGUGGUUUGCUAAUGCGCCUCAUAAGCAUUUGACUGUGGAAAAAGCGGGUCAGAAUUGGAUCCGAUACGAAGCCGAACAAGAUCGGUUUAGGUUUCCUGGUGGUGGUACUAUGUUUCCUAAUGGUGCUGAUAAGUACAUUGAUGAUAUUGGGAAGUUGAUUAAUUUGAAAGAUGGGUCUAUUAGAACUGCCAUUGAUACUGGUUGCGGAGUAGCAAGUUGGGGAGCUUACCUUCUGUCUAGAGACAUCUUAACGGUGUCAUUUGCACCAAAGGACACUAACCAUGAAGCUCAAGUGCAAUUUGUACUAGAACGAGGUGUACCAGCAUUGAUCGGCAUUCUUGCUUCAAUAAGACUUCCGUAUCCGUCUAGGGCGUUCGACAUGGCUCAUUGCUCAAGAUGUCUAAUCCCAUGGGGCAAAAAUGAUGGGCAAUACUUGAUUGAAGUUGAUCGAAUUCUACGUCCUGGUGGAUAUUGGGUACUGUCCGGACCACCAAUUAACUGGAGAAAAUACUGGAAAGGUUGGAAAAGAACUCGAGAAGAUCUGAACUCGGAACAAUCUGAAAUUGAGGCUGUUGCAAAGAGCCUAUGCUGGAAAAAGUUUGCUGAGAAUGGGGAUAUUGCGAUUUGGCAAAAACCAUUGAAUCACAUUCAGUGCAAAUCCAAUAGGAAACUCGGCCAGAACCCGUCAUUUUGUCAAGCACAAGAUCCUGACAGGGCCUGGUACACUAAAUUGGAGACUUGCUUAACUCCGCUGCCUAAUGUAUCAGCCGAAACCGACAUAGCGGGUGGGAAGUUAAAGAAAUGGCCAGAAAGAUUGACAGCAACUCCCCCAAGAAUUAGUUCGGGGAGUACUAAUGGCAUCACAGAAAAGAUGUUUAAGGAAGAUACACAUCUGUGGAACAAAAGGAUAGCAUAUUACAAGACUAAAAACUAUGAGCUGAAAACGAAAGGUAGAUAUCGAAAUUUGCUGGAUAUGAAUGCACAUUUGGGAGGUUUUGCAGCUGCAUUGUCCGACUUCCCGUUGUGGGUUAUGAAUGUUGUUCCAAAUGAAGCAAAAAUCAAUACUUUGGGAGUCAUUUACGAGCGGGGCUUGAUUGGUACAUACCAGAACUGGUGUGAAGCAAUGUCUUCCUAUCCAAGGACAUACGAUUUUAUCCACGCUGAUUCAGUACUUUCUCUCUACAAAAACAGAUGUGAGAUGGAGGACAUUCUGUUGGAAAUGGACAGGAUUUUAAGGCCAGAAGGGGGCGUAGUUUUCCGAGACGAUGUCGAUGUUUUGCUAAAAGCGAAAAGCAUUGCAGAUGCAUUAAAAUGGAACACCCAAUUACUAGAUCAUGAAGGCGGUCCUCUUAUUAGAGAGAAAAUCUUGUUUGGCGUGAAAACGUAUUGGACUGCCCCUUCAGCUCAAGAAGUGAGCCUGUAGCACAAAUCAAUGCUUAUUUUGUAACGUUGCAAGGGAUUCUUUCUCAGUGAGUUUAAUAUCAAUGGGGUUAUGUUUGUUCA